CUUCUUAUAUAUUAGUUGUAAAAAAAAUUUCGUAUGCCAAUCAACUUUAUAAUUUCGUAUGACAAUUGGAGGCGGAUUGUUGUAAUAAUAUUAUAAUUGAACUCAAGCACAAUCUCAUUGAUUGUUAUUCAAACAAAUAAAUUCAACACUCCACUUUAAUACAUAGUUUGCUAGUAAAAUCUUGAUGCAUUCAAAAAUUGUGUUGUAUUGUUUUUUUUUGCUUGGACUUUGCAGAACAUGUGAGCACCAUACUACGCAUUACACCACACUACGUAUAAAUGUUAUGUUUACGUUGACUUUUCGCCUACGUAACGUAUGCAUAGUUCUGCCCACAACAGCAACAGACGCUAAAUUUUUCGAGUCUUGCGUUUAAUUUUUUGCUCGACAAUGAAGGAGUUCGAUGAUAUUCAUUUUAGCGUGGAUAAAUACACCAAGGAGCUGACACGGGAAUGUGUGGGCGGCAGCGAUUUGCAGCAGCGUAAAAAGGAAAUUGAGGCCUACAAUGAGCAGACGUCGGCAACGCUCAAACAAACCUGCAAAAAGAACUAUAUGCAGUUCAUACAAACCGCCAAGGAGAUAUCACAUCUGGAGUCGGAGAUGUAUCAGCUGUCGCAUAUACUCAUCGAGCAACGCAACAUUUUGGCCAGCAUGACCGAUGGCAAGGCGAGCAGUCACCUUAAAGCGGACAGUAUCGAGGUGGAGAACAGUGCAGCCACUGAGGACGUGGAGAACAGUCAUGCCACACGCGCUGUUAAGGAAAUGGUGCAGGGUUUUAAUGGAAAUCUCGAGGGAAAAACAUUCCUAAACGAAGGCGCCCUCAUCGAACUGGAUGGUAAUGACUACCGGCCCAUACAGCGUGUCUUCUUUUUUCUGUUCAACGAUGUGCUCAUCGUGUGCAAAGUGAAGCAUGAUAAACGCCUCGAGUUUCUUACGGAAUACGAUCCCAAAAAGAUAGCCGUUAUUAAUAUCAAGGAUCUGGAUGGCGUCAAGAAUGCCAUUAACAUCAUAACGCCUGAUGGCUCCAAGAUAUAUCAGAGCAUAACAGCUGCCGGCAAGAGCGAAUGGAUUGAGAAAUUGGAAGAAGCCUUUCGUUUUGAUCAGCAAAAGAAAUCAAAGAAGGGACAAGCACCGCAGCCACCAAAUCGCGCCAAGCAGCAGCAGUCCCAAUCGAAAAGCGCCACGCCCGAAAAGCUGCCCGAAGAAAGUCCUACAGAAAGGCAGCCAAAAUCCCUGGAAGAUCAAACGCCCGAAUGGCUAAGCACGGCCAGCGAGGAAAUCCAAACGCUUGUGGCGCAACGCCAUUUCGAGGACGCACAGUCGCUGAUUAAGCGCACGCAGGAGUUUCUGCGCCUGGCCGAAAACAAAAAGAAGCUGCUCCAGGCGGACAACAUUGAGGCUAAGGUUAAGCAGCAGGAGCAAAAGCUCACCAAUGUGCUGCUCCAGGAGCUGUCCAACAGUCACAAUCGCAAUUUACAAAUUGCACUGCGCUCAGCCCGCCGCCCCCUGAAGAUUCUCGUCGAAAUGGGUCGUUCCCGACAGGCCAGUGCCACAUUGCUGAAGGUAUGCACGGUUAGUCUGCGUGUGGCGCAACGCGAAGCACGUCGCAAUAAUGCAGAAAUCUCGGAGCUUUUCUUUUGCGACCUGACUCAGGUAGCAUGUGAUUUUCUCAGCGCCUUUGAACAGCAGCCUGCGUGCGUUAGCGCUCUCGUUGUCUGGUGCAAUGCGGAGCUGCAGUACUUUGCGAGCCAGCUGAUCAAACACUAUCUAACCAAGGGCACCUCACUGGAGGCAGUGGCCAAGUGUGUAGAGCGCGUGCGCAAGCCUGCCACGAAGCUUACAGAGAUUGGUUUGGACAUAAGUUACCAUUUAGAGGGCCUGUUGCGCACAACGCUGGAGUCACUUAUUGAAGAGUGCAAGCAGCGCCUGUUGGACGCGGUAGGUCGCACCGAGGAAAGCUGGCAGCCGUAUAAUUUGCAAACGAAAUCAAAUUUAAAGCGAUUGCUGCUAGAGUUGGAUGCGCUUGGCAUUGAUGUGCGGUCCCAGACCACAGGCGAUACAUGGCUGAAUUUAACACAGUCCACUCUCGUUUUUAUACGACAAUUCCUCCAGCUGACCGAGCACUGUGGCUGCCUGGCCAAAGGCGAAACACUGCUGCCGAGUCUGGAGAAGUUGCUGCGUGAUCUCUUUUUGGCACAACACGCAUUAAAGCCUCCUAGCGACAUGGCCAUGGAUCCCAACUUUGUUAUAAAGAACAAAAUCUUUCUGGUGGACAAUUUGCUGCCCAUUGCCAUUGAUAAGUUCCGCAAGACAUCGGGUCGCCAGUGUGAGACACUACGGGAGCUGCACACGAAGCUAUCCCGCCAGCACGGGGCUCCAGUGCCGCGUCAGCGCAGCGUCUAUACGACCGAUGUCUUUUAAAGAGUAGUUUAAAUUUACCUUUGAUUACAUAUAUAAUUUUUUAUUUUUCUUUUUCGUUUUGCUUCAAUUAUUUAUAAUAUAAUUAUAUACAUAUAUAACCACAAUAAUAAUAAUAUUUGUAAAAUUAAAAAUCGAAGCGUGUGCUGCACUAUAUUCUCUGUUUUGCUUAUUACAAUUUUCGCUGGGCGCGAGAUGUGCCCACAAUUCUAUAUAAUAUAUAUUUAUAUAUAUAUAUAUAUAUAUAUAUCCGAUUCAUUUCUAUAUAAACUAAUGUGUAAACAAGUUCCUUUUUUAUUAUUUGCUUGUUUAAUUAUUAUUUUUUUGUUUUUGUUUUCUGUUUUCUUUUUUUAGCUGCACAAAACAGGAUUUUACAAAUGUUGGGAUUUUGACAAAGGAUUUAUUUAUGUUUUUUCAAAAUUACAUACAAGCAAAAGCUGGCCGCUUUGGCGCCCCCGGCUAUUGAUGUGUGUGCGAAGUGUGGGGGUGUGUGUGUGUGUGUGUGUGUGUGGAAGUGCUGUUGCGGCGGCGCCUGCUUCGUUUUGUUGUUAUUGUUGUGUUUAUUUAUAAUGUAAAAUUCUUAACUAAACUGCUUACUAAUUAUAUUCAUUUAUAUUUAUAUAUAUAUACUUUUUCUGCAUGCAAAUGUGUUUCGUGUGCGAAGAGGAAGUGAAGUGUGGGUUGGUACAGUACACUGUGGUAGCAGGGUAGCAGUCACUAAUUUAAACAAAUUGACAAAUUAAAAACUUAUAAUUUUGUUUUGCAUUCGCAAUUAUUAAUUUACGUUCGAUUUUGUUCACAAAAAACUUCGCUGCCGACAUACAUAUAAACACAUAGACAAACUAAAAGCACUCACAUUUCUGACAUCGUGUUCUCAUCUGGUAUGCAUAAUCUCAACGCUCCAGCAAUGACUAAUCCAUGCUGGGUCCACAAUUGAAAAGGACCCAGCAUUUAAUUCUUUUGAUGAGCGUAGUAGGUAACGCCGACUGUUAUUACUUUUUUUUUAGUUUUCUGCUCUGUAUUUCUCAUUAUUAUUAUUAUUUUAGGUUUUUACUUUGCAAUUUGUGUUCAACUUUUUAUUGGACUUAGCCUAGGCUUAGUAGCUACAAGUACGCUUAAUUUUUUUUUAUUUUUCUUUCUUUUUGUUUUGUUUUAUUUAUAUUAUAGAAUUUUUACUUCGCUCUCAUGCAUUGUACUGCUGCCACUGCUUUGUUGUUGCUGUUGUUGUUGUUUGUUUGUUUGCUUGUUGUUAUAAGCAUGCUAUUGAACAAUGUGUUAUUCAUUUUUAUUAUUUUUUGUAGUUGUAAUAAAAACCUAUAUGCGAUUAUUACAAAAUGAAAAGUGUGGAUUCCCUCUCUGGUGUUCUUCUUUUUUUUUUUUUUUUU